UGACGACGCCGGAGGCUCCGCCUCAGCUCCUCUAACCUUUCUUAUGUCUGUGGAGUUGAGUGUGGCAACACAAGUGGCACCGCGCGGAGCGGAGGGAGAAACUGCCAACGAGUUGAACUCUCCCUCUCUUUUCCGAAGAGAAAGUACUUUCCUCCGUGUGUCCGGGGACGGGAAGGCAGUAAAAACAUGGCUGCUCUUUCAGCCUGGUUCUGGAACGAGAGGUUUUGGCUGCCGCACAACGUAACCUGGGCGGAUCUGGCCGACCCAGCUCCCGGGGUGGAGUAUCCCAAAGCUGGACACUUGUUGGCAGCUUUACCGCUGGCUCUGGGGAUUUUUACUGUCCGGAUACUGUUUGAAAGGUUUAUAGCCGGGGCCUGUGCUCGAAGUCUCCACAUCCAGGCAGGGGUUGGGAGGAGAGCCCAGCCCAAUGCAGUGUUGGAGAAGGUGUUUACUUCAAUCACAAAGAAUCCCGACUCUCGGCAUCUAGAUGGCCUGACCAAGCAGUUGGACUGGGACGUGCGGAAAGUCCAGCGUUGGUUCAGACACCGCAGGAACCAAGAUAAACCCAGCACACACACAAAGUUCUGCGAGAGCAUGUGGAGAUUUACUUUUUAUUCUGGCAUAUUUAUUUAUGGUUUUCAGUUUCUCUGGCAGUCCCCUUGGAUGUGGGAUACAAAACACUGUUGGUACGGUUACCCCUAUCAGGUCAUGACUCCUGGUCUUUAUCACUACUACGUGACCGAACUGGCCUUCUACUGGUCUCUUAUGUUUUCCCAGUUCAUCGACAUAAAAAGGAAG